UGAGAAGUUGAACCUACCAUUUGAAAAUACAGAAGUGAUUGACCAUUAUGAGGACAUUAGGAGGACUUAUGAUGAUUUCUUAAAGAAUAGUAAUAUGGUAGAUCUGAUUGAUGUUUAUAAAAAAUGUAGUGUUUUGAUUUCUAGUUGUGAAAAUAAUGCCAACAUAUCCCCUAGUCAGCUACGCGAUUUUCUUUCUGGGAGACAGUGUGUAGUAACUGAUGAAACCGAUCUUUAUGUACCAACAUCACCAAUGAGUAAACACAACCAGGAUAAUGAAAAGUUACUAGCAAGAAAAAUUAUCUAUUCAUAUUUAAGCCUGCUUGUGAAUUCAAAGAAUGACCUGGCUCUGGCUCAUGUUCUCAAUAUUCCUGAUAGAGGACUUGGAAGAGAAGCCUUCACUGAUUUGAAACAUGCCGCUCAAGAGAAAAAGUUGUCUAUCUUUUUGGUGGCCACAUCAUUUAUUAGAACACUGGAGCUUGGAGGGAAGGGAUAUGCACCAUCACCAUCUGAUCCUUUAAGGGCACAUGUAAAAGGACUGUCUAAUUUUAUUAACUUCAUUGACAAUUUAGAUGAGAUUCUUGGAGAAGUACCAAAUCCAAGCAUUGCAGGGGGUCGGAUACUCUCCGUGAUAAAGAUGCAGCUGAUUAAAGGCCAAAACAGCAGGGAUCCUUUUUGUAAAGCAGUAGAGGAAGUCACUCAGGAUUUGGAUUUGAGGAUUAAAAAUAUUAUCAAUUCUCAACAAGGAGAUGUAGUUGUUAGUACCACUGACAUUAGUCCUGCACGGCCAAAAUCUUAUGCCAUAAACCAUGGGACUGCAUAUUGUGGCAGAGAUACUGUGAAAACUUUACUAGUUCUUUUGGACGAAGAAGCAGCCAGUAUGCCUACCAAAAACAAAGCAGAGCUUUUAUAUGAUGAUGAAAACACAAUUCAUCAUAAUGGAAUUUCUAUUCUUACACUUUUUAGAUCUCCCACACAAGUGAAUAAUUCAUCAGUGAAAGCCCUAAGAGAACGCAUCCAUAAGUCAAUGCAAGAGAAAAAAAUUAAGAUGAAACAAACCUUAAUUAGAUCCCAGUUUGCUUGUACUUAUAAAGAUGACUGCACAAUAAACAAGGAUAAAUGGAAUGAUGUUAAUUCAGCAUCCAAGCCUUUGUAUGAACUUCCCAUGGAAAAUGACCUUUCUGAAGGUGUAAAUUCAUCUGUUGGAAGGCCAGCAAUUGGAACAAGUUCUGGAAAUGUUCAUCUGGAUAGAAGUAAAAUUGAAAAAGUGGCAAGAAAAUCAAGUAGUCAGACAGGAAAUAAAAGCUCAAAAAGGAAACAGGUGGAUUUAGAUGAUAAAAAUAAUCUCUGUGAUAGUGGAAAUGAACCACCUCAACAUAAAAAUAUUAAGAUACCUGAGACAUCAAACAAUUUCCAGAAUAAAUCGUGUGGCAAAGUAGCCAGAGUAGCAAAAAACAAUAAGUGUACAGCCAAGGACAAAUUGAUUACUGGCCAGACAAAGUUAACUCAAUUUUUUAGACUAUGAAUUAGGUUUUUAUGUGCUUUAGAUUUCUGUGUAUAUUAAACUAUUUGCCAAAGGCAUCUACUUAAUUUUUAAGAGAGCAAGGCAUAGGUUAUGAUUCUUUAUUAUGUUGGUCUGAAGUAUAUAUAAGGUUAGUAAGUUAAGCAUUUAAAAAAUACUAGUAAGUCAUUAUGCAGAAUAUUCACAAAGUUUAAUGCACAGAUAAAUCAUAUCAUUUAGGCUACAGAUAUAUGUUAGCAGCUGCUUUCUUUUGAAACAAACAUUUAAAAUAACACAAGUCAUAGUAAUGUUAAGGGCUUUUUCCCUGACAGACAAUUAAAUGGUUUUGUUUUCUUCGGAAAAGAUGAUGUUGUCCAACAGGUUUCAGACUUGCCAGCAAGGUCGGUAGACUCUUCCCAGCAUGCAUCUGAGCACUGGAGGGGAAAAAAAAGUUUAAAUUGUUUAAAGCACUAUUAUAAUCACACAAAAUUUAUUAGAAAUAAGAGAAUGGAUCUAAUAUAGCUAAUUCUGAAUAAAUCAGAAUUAUAAUAACCCUUAAAUGCCUUUUAAUCCCACAUCUUUGGCAGGGGUCACUUAAUUGAACCAUGGUCUUACUUGAUUUUGUUAAGAUCAGAUCCAAAUCCAGUUAAACUCCGAGUUUCUAUUUUCAUGAUAUUAAGAUAUAAGAAUUGAAUUUUUUAAAAGACUACUCACUGUCAAAAUCUCUCCUUCCUAUAGGAAAUUUAGCUGAGUUUUCUUCAUCCCCAAUUUCUCUCUUUUCUUGUGUUGAUUCAAUAUUCUGAACUCCAUUUUCAGCUGGAAAAGCUACAGAUCCUUUUAGUGCAAGAUAAGGUUUUAUAGCCAGAUUCAGUGGCAGACCAUGAUUUAAGAAAUUAUGUUUGGAGUCUGUGUUCUGUAAAGAAAAGGUUGAUUUGUGUUUUAGCUGUCUUACUGGUAAUAGGACUAUAAUAUAUUUGUAUAAUAUUCUCAUUGAUCAAUUCAAAGAUGGUCUGUACAGUAUUGACUCUUUAAAAAUACAUUAGGUAAAAAUUUUGGGGCAAAAACUUUUGGAUAAGAGUGUUGUACAGAGAGGAAGAACAACCUGGUGUUUAUGAAAUUUCAUCAGUUGCCUAAAGCUUAGUGUGAUGGUUUAUAUAUACUUCUAUUUAUAAAAGUAUCAAUUUUACUUUCAUCAUAAAAAUCAUUCAGAUUUCCAUUGAAGAAAGGAUAAGUCACAUUGCCACUUACCUUUGAAUU